AUGCCUGAAAGGGCCGUCGUUAUUUUUCUUUUUGCGCAAGAGAAGCUGUUAUUUCGCUAUCCACUGUACAACCCGUUUACUAUCGAUAUCCACAACGCGACCACAUCCAAUCUCCCCACAAACACAACAGCAUUAUCAUCAUCAACAACAACAACAACAACAACAGGGGGAUUUACAAAACAAGUGAGUCCCGACACGGCGACCAAUCGUAGUAAUGAUACACCACUACUAACAAAGGAACAACAACAACAACAACAACAACAACAACAAACUUCUAAUGCAAUAGCAACUGUGAGUGGUAGUGGUGUGGGUGUGCGGCACAAGCCACGUACAGUGAAACGCCCAGCACAGACUGUAAAAGGGAAUAAUUCCUCAAAUGAUGUCGAUAACGACACCACACGGGCAUUGCGUGGGAUGCCAACUUCUUCUUCAAACACAAAAACAACAACAACGACAACAUCAACAGGAGGAGGAGGAGGAGGACGUCAGGGUCAUGAUAACAAUUACUGCAAUAGUAACAAAGAUAAUAGUGAAACACGGGGUUUUGCAGAUACAUGUGUGGGUGUACAAACGACAGUUCUUUUACAUCUUCUCCGUGCGAGUUUCUCACGGUGUACGACUAUUCACAUUGCUGGUGGUACAUUUCUUAUUUAUCCAUUACUGCCGAGUUCCACCAAGUCACGCCAGCAGUUGCCUCCACUACCAGAAUCAAGGCAUUCCCAUGAGAGUAAUAAUGAUAACAAUCUUGAUGAUAACAUUAUGCGGCGCGAUACCUCACAAUUGAAGGAAGAUGAUGAAGAUAAGGCGUCUACAGUACGUCUUUCACAAGAUGUGUUACUUGUUGUUGCGAUGAAUCAACCUGACCGAGAAGAUAACGCUAUUGCAAAUUUUGUACAGGUAUUUAUGAACGUUUUAGUACGGGAAGAAUUACGUUCAAUGUAUGUUACUGAUCAAGUUAUGCGUAUGGAGCGGCGUUUAUAUGCAUGGGAGAUUGAUGGUAACAGAGGCAACAGUAGUGGUAGAAGUAGUAGUAUUAGUAGUAGCAGUAGUAACGAUAAUCAUAAUCAUAAUAAUAUCAGUAGCAGCGGUAAUGACUAUGGGGAGUUGAAAUAUCGAGAAAGAUCUGAUCCAACAGGGAGUACAGGAUGUGGGGUUAGUAGUAGUAGUGGUGGUGGUGGUGGUCUCCCAUCCUCCGCACAGAUGUUCGCUAAAUUCCUGCAAGAUAAUAAAUUGUCUCUAUGUACCGAAAUUGCUCUUCUCACUCAGCGUAUUAUAACUUGUGAAGAGGGUGAUGUAGAUAUCGUACCACCUCUACGUUCCUCACCUAUUGCGUCUUUGCUUUAUUCCCAGCGUGGAUCCAGUGGGAAUAGAAACAACAAGAAUAACAGUAAUAAUAAUAAUAAUAAUAAUAAUAAUAAUAAUAAUAAUAAUAAUAAUAACAAUACCAUUGGGAAUAUGAAAAUUACCGGAGUAGGAGCUCCAACAGAACUUGUGGUGCGUGGUUUGUAUAGUUUGCCAUUGACAUCUAUUUUAGGAAGCCGUGGAGCCCCACUCCGUCUCUCUUCUACAUAUGUUAAGCAGAACCCAAACUAUAUUGUCACACUUAAACAGCCAAACUUUGUAGAAAUAUUAACAAAACCAUACGCAGAGGCGGUCGGCCGACGAGCAUCGCAGUUACUACCACUCACAGCCAUACGUGCCGCACUUGCGAGUCUUUCACUUCCCUGGCGUAUUGGUGAACUCCACCGCGCAUUAGAACGCUCCAUCGCCGAUGCCCUUCAAUUCCGUCAAUCCAGCAAACAACAACAACAACAACAACAACAACAAACCUUAGGCACUCAUAAUACAAAUACUAGUGGAAGUAGUACGAAUACAUUUCACCGUGUGGGAUGGGGACGGGUAGAUGAGAUGCAAACUAUCGAUGUUACAGCAGAUGAGAUCAACACCACUCCCGACACUGACACGCCAGUUGUAGAGGCACUUGAGUUUCUCCGUCUCUGCGGUGCCAUCGCUAUUGACACAGCACUGACAGUCGUCUUUACACACAGCAACGUUCUUCCAACAGCAUGGCAGGUGCCUAUGGAUAUCACAAAGAUGGCAGCAAAAACUGUUACCACUACUACUACUACUGGUAAUAAUAAUAAUAAUAAUAAUAAUAAUAAUAAUAGUACGGCAGGGACUAAUACUAAUACUACUACUGUUGCUCCUGCAACGACUCCCACUCCACCAAUUGCUCCAGCCUCUCUGGUGGGUGUGAUGCUGCUUGAAGGACUGCGGGCCUCUAAAGGAGCUAAUUGUGGUAGUGCGAAUAGUCGUGGUAGUGGGUUUGGUACACCAUUUUUCAGCAGUGAUGAGAUAGCCGUAGAUUCCACACAGACAGUAAAUACAAAUGGGAUGACCUCAACCUUUUCAGCACCUCUUUCAAGUGCCACGUGUGAAAUUCCCCAUUUUGUAGUUUACUGUGCGUGGGGAAGUGCUUGUCCAAUGUGUGAGGAAUUGGCUUCUGCCCCACAAGCAUGGCGUGCUGGAGCCACUCCUAUUCGACUGGCCUUUCCAUUUCUUGGUCCUGCAGUGGCUGAGGCGGCAGCACGGCGAGCGUUGCAUGGAUCUCGCCAGAUAGAUCCCGAAUGUUGUAGUCUCCUCGCUGAUCAACGGCCAUGGUUUACACACUCGGAUACCUUUACAACACCAGUAGUACCACUGGAGGAGAGUUCACCAGUGAAACUCUAUCGUUCUCUCACACAAAACUAUGAUGAUACAGCGCGACGGAAUGUGAGGAGUAGUAUAGGAACAAAAUGUGGUACAACCUCCUCCAUCUCAGGUGCAAUGUCUGGAGGUAACUCCAAGCAGGUGGGAAUGAAUGGAGAUAAAAUUACAGCUCUCACACCUGAAAGUAUACCAUUGGAAGCACGUCUUUGGUUAGCUGAAAAUCGUGAUAAUAUUGAAAAUCGUCUUAUAGAAGCAUUAAAACAACGUCAAGCAUUACAGGAAAGUGCUGUAAAGAUAGCAGAACAACGACGUGAAAUGGCUGCGGCAACAGCGGCAGCAGCUGCUAUUCGCGUUAGUAACAUUUCAGCUGGGUCUGGUGAAAACAAAACAUCUGAUGGACAACAAGAUCAAGGCCAACCAUCACGUACUCUGCGAGCAAACCAACGAUACCAUAAAAGAGCAGUUUUUACACCUAAAUCUUUUCGACCUACUGAAACUGAGUUCUUAUCACUCUCUACAGGUUCAUUACCACGCUCUAAUGGUUCUUCUUCAUUUUAUCAUCCGAAACAAAACUAUGUUGAUAAUCCCACUAUGUUUCCUGCACGAUUGAUUGCCACUGAACGUAUUGUUCCCUUUGAAGCGCUUAUGCAAUUUGUGUUUCAUCACACAGUUGCAUUACUUUGGGGGAAAACAGGUAUGAAUGUAGAAACUCUUUUGCGUCUACUAGAAUGCAACUUACGUCGAUUACGGCCUUUUGUCACACAUUAUGCUUAUUUUUGUCAACUACAAGCAUCAAGUCUACCAAAUUCAAAUAAUACUAAUAAUACUAAUAACAAUAAUAAUAACAAUAAUAAUAGUGACGUUGCCUCGUGUACGUCGAGUGCAUCAGCACAAUCUGCACCACCAAACACAUUUAAAAGCCCUGAAAUCACAGGGUAUCAGCCUCCAGCUGCCUUAUCACCAUCACCAUCAUCUGUUCCUUCUGGGGUAUCUUUGCAGAAGCAAAAGCAUACAAUAUCAAAAUGGAAAACAGGUGAUCAUAAUGAUGAUGAAUCAACCACAAUUCUAGAGAAACAACUGGAACAGAUGUCUAAAGUAUUCACAGAACUCGCACUCAUGGACGCGUUGAGGAAAUUAAAUGGAAUGACUGUACAAGUAGUACCAACACGACUGUUAUUGCAUGCAGUGGUGAAUGCCUUUGCAGACGUAUUAAUUAUAGGAGGAUCGGGAGGUGAAACUGAAAGUGAUGAUGAGCUUCAUGAGUUUUGA